UACGGAGGAGAUCCAGGAAGAUCCCGGUGCGGGGAGGGGAGCUGGGCCCUGAGCUGGCAAGGAGUGCGAUUGAUGGGCCCGCGGUGCAGGGCAAGGCGGUGGGCUGUGCCGUCGUGCUGUCUUUGCAAGGAGAACGGGGUCGCGGCCGAGGUUUGGGGUAACGGAGCUCUGCGUUUGCCUCACAGCUGCAGGAGGGCGAGGCCAGGAUGGGAGAGGCUGAUGGAGAAUGUGCCAGCCAGAGGGACACGGGCCUGUCUGCGCUGUGCCGUGCCCGCAUUGCUGUAACGAACGUGCAUUGAAGUUGCCGGGCAUUUGGAAAACCAUACAUACAGCCAUUCCUGGGCCUACAUCAAGGACCUCAGUGGAGUGAUAGCUCAAAGAUGGGAGACCAGGAUGAUGAUAAACCCUUCCUGGGCACUGGGGCUGCCAGUGCUGCAGACUACGAAAGGGCUCAGCCCUCUGACACAGUGUCGCUCAGCGAUUCUGAUUCUGAUGAUUUGGGGUUAGCAGAUGAAGCAGAAGUUGAUACAAUAUCUCCUGAGGAUCCAUCUGUAGAUGAGGGGGAUUACAGAUCAGGGGAUGCUGCUGACCCAUCAGACAACACCGAGAGAUCUCCUGUUCAGCCGUUCCAUCUGAAGGGCAUGAGUUCUACAUUCUCUCUCCGCAGCCAGAGUAUUUUUGAUUGCUUGGAGGAGGCAGCCAAAUUGUCUGUGCCCUCAAUGUCUGAAGAUAAUGUUGUUGAUGGGAGAUUUAAACGUCCCUUACCUCCAACUACCAUGUCAAGUAAUGUGAUACCAGAAAGCCUUGGAAAGCCAACCAGACCAGUGCAGGCUCCCAGAAUGUCUCCAGCAGUGCCUGACUACGUGGCACACCCAGAGCGCUGGACCAAAUACAGCCUCGAUGGGGUGCCAGAGUCUAGUGACAAGACUAACAGGGCAGUGGCCAUGGAAUUUCUAGAGGGCUUGAAGAAAAGAGGAGAGGAACAAAGCUCAGCUGCUCAAGAUAGCUACACCCCAUAUUUCAACCAGGACCCUUCCAGCUGUGGAGCUGGGAGGAUUGUAUUCACCAAACCUGCAAAAAGGGGUGUUGAUGGACUAGAAAAGAAAAUGUUGGCAGGAGAGGGUGAUAAGAAACACAUCAAAACAGAUCUGAAAGGAAAGACUGAUGACUUGAGGGAGGAGGAUAAGGUAGAGCUGGGACACUUAGGUGGUGGUAGAAAAGCAACAGAGGAGGAGGAGGGAUGCCUGAUGGUGGAAAACCUGAAUACAGAAGGUGAGCAUGGUGUGGGUGAAGAGCCAUUAGCAGAAAAAGUUGGAUUCCAUUGCAGCAAGAAGAGAAAUAGGAAAAAUUUCCGACCUAAAGUAGAUGACGAAGGAGAGGAGGAAGAGUCUUAAAUGAUGGAACAAACCAGAAACAUGCAAGAAUUGGUAUACUCUUGGAUUCUGUUGUUAUAUAUGCUUGGUUUUGUUGUUUUAUAUAUAUAUAUAUUUUUUUUAAUCAGGGACCCAUGUGAUACCAUUUUGUUUUACUAACGGUUUGCUUUAUAGCCACCCAGACCUCUUUCACUUUUAGAAAUUAAGCUACUAAAAAUACAUUACAGACUUUUUGUUAGUGAGAACUCUGCAGGCGAAGGAUAGUUGCAGUCUCUCAGGAGAGAAUAUAGCUUGCUUUGUUUGCUUGAGCAGCUCCCUGGGGAUUGCUCAAGUCAUCAUGAGCACCAUAGAAAAAGACUGUUAGCUAGAAUGCUGCAAGGCAUCCUCAUUACCCCAGACUUUUCUUAAGUCCUGUAGAAUCCAGGAACAACAGUGAUGAGAUUCUCAUGUAGAGUUGUUUAAACAAUGAAAAUAAAACCAAGUCUUCCACUAGAUUUGAUUUCUCCUGACCUGUCCUUUUUUUGUUCUGUUUGAGAUUGAGAGUACAGCAUGAGAGGGCCCAGGUGGGAACUGGCAAACCAACUAUUUUUUAAUGUAAUUUCAAAUAUUUAACUUACUUACUGUUACGUGGAAAAAAAGAGGUUAAGAAAAUACCAUUUUUCUUGCAGAUGGGCACAACUUUGCGGAACAUUCUAGUAAAGACACACUGAGCAUCGCUUCAGCCAAGUCUCUUCAUGUUGAGUGUAGAUCAGUUAACACAACUUCUUUUAGUGCUAUGAUGUGUUGAUUUAUCUUUUUGCCUGCAUAUUUGUUUAGCCUUUCCAGAUGGCACUACUUCCACAUUUCCUGGUGUACGUUUGGUGGGAAUCAGGGUGUUUGUAGAACUGGGUGCUUUUUACUUUGGAAUUCAAUAAACUUUCAGUUGUACUUUGA